GCUCAUUUCACCUAGGGCAUGAGAAGCCGUGUACUGUACUCCUGACUGUGUGGGCGCUCUGCAUCCAGGCUAUACCCAGAAUAUAGGACUUCCAUGCUGGCAGGACCCCUAUCACUGCAGCCUGCUGUCUGGGCUCUCUCCUGCACCUGUUAUCACAGCCAGGUGCUCUGGCAUGCAUUGAACUGUCAGCAAGAUCUGAGCGAGCACCGAGACUGAACACAUGGCAGCCUGGGAGUUGUGUGUAGCUGCGCUCAUGGCAUGGGUGACCAUGGUGGCAGCAGCGAAGGGACCCCUCAACUGCAAAGAAGUGAGAGCCAGCUUUCAUACUCUGCAGCCCGGAGUGAGGUGGGUCCCGGAGUCACCUGUGUCAGGAUCAGAUCUCCAAGUCUGUGUCACAAAAACGUCAACCUGCUGCUCUAAGAAAAUGGAGGACAGAUAUCAGGUAGCAUCCCGUGUAAACAUGGAGCAGCUCAUCCAGACCGCUAGCGCCAAGCUGAAGUUCCUGAUCAUUCAAAAUGCGGCCAUAUUCCAAGAAGCAUUUGAAAUGGUAAUACGACAUGCAAGAAAUUACACAAACACAAUAUUCAAGAUGCAUUACCAGAACAUUUCACUGAAAACUUUUAAGCUUGUUGGUGAAUUAUUCACAGACAUUUCACUGUAUGUCUUGGGAUCAGACAUUAAUGUUAAUGACAUGGUCAAUGAGUUUUUCGAUGGCUUGUUCCCAAUAGUCUAUAGCAGUUAUUUAAACCCGGGGUUCAAGGAUUCUGUGGAAAAUGUAGAAUGUCUUCGGCUUGCCAGAAGGGACAUCAGUGCUUUUGGCCACUAUCCCAAAACGAUCAUGACCCAAGUGUCAAAAUCAUUGCAAGCAUCCCGGGUUUUCCUGCAGGCCCUAAAUCUCGGCAUUGAAGUUAUCAAUACUACGGACUAUUUAAAAUUCAACAAGGACUGUGGCAGGACUCUCCUGAAAAUGUGGUAUUGUUCUCAUUGCCAAGGCUAUUUGUUGGCACGGCCUUGUGCUGGAUAUUGUGGAAUGGUUAUGCGAGGCUGCCUGGCUAGCGUGGGAGAAAUUGACCCUUACUGGAAUGAGUACAUCUCCUCAAUUGAGAGACUCGCUAAAGAAAUGCAUGGAAUUUAUGAUCUAGAACGUGUUCUGCUUAAUCUCUUCUCACUCAUCCAGGAAGCUGUGGUACAUGCUGUAAAGAAUGGAGGAAAACUUUCCACUGCGGUUGCUAAACUGUGCGGUACUUCAAAACAAAGGGUGACGCGGUCAACACGCAAUGGAGUGGAUGUGUAUGCUGGUAAAAAGGUAUUCAAGGCCAAUGCAGACAAUGGGGAAACGCUAUCUGGAAAAAGGAGGGAGUUUAUAAUGAAGUUGAAGGCCUACAGUCACUUCUAUGGCAGCCUCCCUGCACUUGUCUGUCGUCACAGCACUGUCUCUGAAAACGAUACCUCUUGCUGGAAUGGACAGGAGAUUGUUGAGAAGUUCAAUCCUCACACUGUGAAAAAUGGCUUAAAGGUUCAAACGAGCCACCAAGAAGGGAAAGCCAGGAGUACUGAACCCGUAAUUAACCAGAUCAUUGAUAAAUUGAAUCACGUCAAUCAGCUUUUAAAGGGUAUGUCAACACAGCGAAGGAAAACCAUUGGCAGAACUGCAGAAGAGGAGGAGUCACAAAGUGGUGAUUGUGACGAUGAGGAUGAGUGUGAAGAUGGUUCAGGAAAAAGUGCCCUAAGAAUACGGAAUCAGCUAAGGUUAAUACCAGAUUCGGACUACGAUAUGGACAUGGAUGAUGUUCCAUUUAAUAAGCAGAUGCGUAACCAGCAGGAUCAGCAUGGCAGAGACAUCACUAACUUGCAGUCUGGAAGCCACAUCAUAAAGACUGUGUCAGCCAAAAUGCUUGUUCCCUUCACUGUCACCCUGUUAGGACUUGUCCCUGUGAUCUGACUCUCUCAUUUAACCCCUUUUUGUCCUGCUAGCUCCAUUACCUUCCUGGCUGAAUUUUCCACUUUAUAACAUUUCCUGGCUCAUUGUUAAGUCUUCUCCAAGGAGAAAUUAAUUUUAUAGAGUAAAUAAUAAUGUAUUA